AUGAAACCCACAAGACCACUCAUAACCAUUCCUUUGAAUCUCACUGGACUUUAUCCUCAGGAUAUGUUCGUCGGACUCACUAGAGCUUCAGGACAACUUGUGCAAAGCCAUAGGAUCCUCUCAUGGAGCUUUAGCAACUCCAAUUUCUCCAUUGGUCAUGCUUUAAUCACUAGGAAUCUUCCUUCUUUUAAAUUGUCUAAAGGCUUCAUUGCUGGGAUCUGUGUUGGUGCCUUUGUGUUAUUAUUACUCUGUGUUAUUGGGAUCCUUCGUUUCUAUCUUGUAAGGCGGCCAAGGAUGGGGCUCGACGAAGAUGUUGAAGAAUGGGAAACAGAGUAUUGGCCUCACAGAGUGCAAUACAAAAGCGUUUUGGAAGCAACAAAAGGGUUUUCCGAAGAGAACAUGAUCGGAGACAGAGGGAAUUCAAACGUGUAUAAAGGAGUGUUGGAAGGCAAACAAGUGGCGAUUAAGAGAAUCAUGAUAAGCCCUCAUGAGAGCAUGGCUGGGACGAAUGAGUUCUUAGCUGAGGUCUCGAUCUUAGGGAGGUUAAGACACAGGAAUAUAGUGGGACUAAAAGGCUGGUGCAAGAAAGGAGGAGAGAGUUUCAUAUUGGUCUAUGAGUAUAUGGAGGAUGAAAGCGUAGAUAAGCGGAUAUUUGAUUGCAAUGGUACGUUGAAUUGGGAGGAAAGAAUGAGGGUGAUAGGAGAUGUUGCCUUAGGUUUAUUGUAUUUACACGAAGGGUGGGAGUCAAAAGUGUUGCAUAGAGAUAUAAAGUCAAGCAAUGUGUUGCUUGAUAAGGACAUGAAUGCAAAAGUAGGUGAUUUCGGGCUGGCCAAGUUACAGAACACUAGAAAAAAGAUGGUUAGCACGACACACAUGGUUYGAACAGCYGGGUAUAUGGCACCUGAUCUGGUUAAGACAGGGAGAGCAUCAACACAGACCGAUGUGUAUAGCUUUGGAGUGUUUGUGUUGGAGGUAGUGACUGGAAAAAGACCAAUAGAGGAAGGAAGAGAAGGGAUAGUGGAAUGA